UAAAUAAUAAUAUCAAUAAAUAAUAAAAAUACUUGCAUAAAAUUAUCGAUUCCUCUAUCCGGCGCAAGCUCUAAGGCAGCACGUUUUAAUACCCAUUGGCCAACACAACCUGUCAGUCGCAUUGCGUUCGACGGUGGGACAUUUCAUCGAACACAUCUCAGCCAUUUUUUUCCUUCGGCCGCCUCUCUCUCCUCGCGGUACCAAUCUUUCUCCCUCCUCUCUCACUUAAACCUUGCCACAGUCAUGUAUCUGUGCAGCCUCGCCAAAGGCCCGGCGAUUCAUUUCUUCUUCAAUAUAUCAAAACUAAGAAUCAGCCGUCAAAGGAUAUCGAGUUGUUCCUCCGAAGAAUUUAGAAGCUUUUCGCGUCACCUUGGGCCCCGAGAAGGCAAACAUGGAGAGCGAACAAGGGCUUUGUCCAGUGGUUCACAGCAGAGACCACAGGGCGAUGGUGGCGGUCGGAGGACCGGUGAGUCACUCCCUUGGAUAGCGGCAGCUUAUGGGAACAGGGAAGGGAAGCGUAUACAAAAAAAGGCGCCAGCGAGAACCAAACGCUCCUCUUGGGAAGAGGCAGCCGAGAGCUUUGUUGCCAGAAAUGAUAAUGACAUUGUGGGAAAAGGCACCAUCGUUGAAGGGGUGGAGGAAGAAGACGGAGACGUCGAGCCUAUUAACGACCCAAGGUGGGAUAAGAUCAAGAGCAAGUACAAGGGUAUCAUUGGACAGGAGUCUGGGUUCCAGAAACCAGAGAUCCAGCGCUGGAGUAAUCGGGAGAGUUGGGAAAGAAGGCCAGUGAAAGAGGCCGGGAGGUCUCAGUUCGAAAAGCCGGAGGUUCAACGGUGGAGUAAGCAAGAGAGCUGGGGCAAAAGGACAUGGAAAGAGGCCACUGAAUCAUCAGUUCCAAAGAUGGUUGGCCAGGGCGUAUACGGUGUUGGUCCGGUUUUGGCGGCUUUGAUGGCAGAAAGAAGGGAAUUUUAUGUUCUUUAUGUCCAGGAAGGAUUGGAUUUGAGUGGAAACAGCAAGAAGAAGAAGGACAAGAAAGCAGUGGAGAAAAUAUUGCAGAUAGCGGAAAAGAUGGACUUGAAGGUCAUAGAGGCUUCGAAGCACGACCUCAAUAUGGUGGUCGAUAACCGGCCUCAUCAAGGAUUGGUUCUUGAUGCUUCACCAUUGGAGAUGGUGAAUAUUAGGGAGCUGGAUCCCGUCAUGAAAGAUGAUCAAAGUGCUCCUCUUUGGGUGGCUCUGGAUGAGGUAACAGACCCUCAAAACUUAGGGGCUAUCAUUAGAUCAGCUUAUUUCUUUGGGGCACAAGGGGUGAUCCUAUGUGCUAAGAAUUCGGCUCCUCUAAGCGGUGUAGUUAGCAAAGCCAGUGCAGGCUCUCUUGAACUAAUUGAACUUCUGUCUUGUAAGAACAUGAUGCAGUUCUUGUCAUCAUCUGCUGAGAACGGUUGGCGAGUUCUUGGAGGGUCAGUCUCUUCUAGAGCUGUCCCUUUGGGAGACGUUGAAGCAGGGGUGCCUACAAUUCUUGUGUUGGGUAGUGAAGGCAGUGGGUUAAGGCCUUUGGUGGAGAGGUCUUGUACUCAGUUGAUUAGAAUCCCUGGAAGCGAUCCGUUGGCUGUGUAUGGUGGAACUACUGAAGUGGAUAUCGAGGAAAAGGAUCAGGCUCGUUCUGGGAAAGAUCUCAAGUCCUUUCUUGCUGUUGAGAGCUUAAAUGUUAGUGUGGCAGCAGGGGUGCUUCUAUACCAUUUGAUCGGCAAGAAUAAUCAUGAUCCAGGGAAAGAGAUGAAUGAUGCUUCAAUCUAAGGUUACAUCUUUACCGUCUUUGACAAGCGAUCUUUUGGGCAAAUCUGUCUGGCAACUUUUGUUUAUUAAUUGUUAAAUUAUGAUCACCGUGUUCUACUGAUUGUCUUUUGUUUAACUGAAUAUGCUUGCUUUUUGUUUGAUUUUUUUGCGUAAUUUAGAUGAUUAUUUGUGAUUGGAA